AUGGCUCUCCGACGCCUUGCUCAGGAGAACAAUGCCGCCUCGAGCCCGAGGAGCCCCGCUGGUCCAAUCCCCGCCUCUCCAGCCAGUGGCCUUGGACCUACAACCCCACGCAGUCGUUUGUCGAACGGAUCUUAUGGAUUUCAUCGCUCCCCAGCGGAUACCCCAUCGAUUUCAUCGUCCAUUCCCUUUGACUGGGAGGCAGCACGCUCCAGAGCACCUGCACCAUUCGCGACACCACUCAAGAAAGGCAGAAAAAGCGUCGCAACUGGCACAUCUACACCCCGCAAAGCCGUAAUAAGGAAGAAAGGGAUAAUUGAACGAAUUAAGAAUAUACCCUCAGCUAUCGCCUUUGAAAUAGCAAUAUUCCCUCAAAAUGUGCCACUACCAACCCCAAAAACAACUGCGCGCAUCAUCGGAGGCGCCAUUCACGUCGCGCACUUUCUAAUUUUAGCCAGGAAUGACAACGAAGAAAAUUGGGAUCUCGUUUCCGGCACAAAGCAGAGUUCGUGGUUUGACUGGACGACACCUAUUACUUUACUACUCAUACUCUUCUCUGUAUACAACACUUACAAUCUCGCCACACGUAGGCGCACAUACAAGUUCCACCACCGAAUGGACCCACUGUCCUCCCCUCAUGCUAAAUUUGUCGUCACCAAUCUCGAUCUUGAACCUCUAGCCCGGCCAGCUAUUGGGCAACGCAUACGAUCAAAUUUGUGGUUCUACUUUUCGUAUUUUUGGAGAUUCUUGUUUGGCAUGCAACCACCUACUCGGCCUGCUCUCCCCCAAGGGAAAACCUCCCGCGUACAAGAGCUUGAAGUUUGGGAACCUAGUGAAAUGGAUCUCGAGCUCUUCAGUAUAUACUCUCCUGCCCAUGCCGUGCUCUGGCUCUCUAUGGGAUCUUCAAGUUGGCUGUACUCGGUGGUCAUUAUGGGUAUAGUUGGUUUACAGCUGAAUGUCAUGACUCAUUCAUAUACUCAACUAUUAAAAGAUAAGCAAAUUAUUGCAGCGGAGACCAUGAAGGAAUAUAACGACGGUUUCGUAUACCCCCGUAUCAAUCCCAUUCGCAAAGACGUCGCAGUCAUGACUCAUCAAUCAGAAGUUGUGAACGUCUGGGAAGACUAA